AUGUCAACGUUUAUUAGAGGUCCAGUGUGUGGGAUCGAUAACUGUCCGUCACAGUUAUGGCGUAUUAUAGCUGGGCGACGAACAUGUCAAUAUGGUCAUGUUAUGGAAGGUGAUGUAGAAUUUAAUGAUGAUGACGAUAAUAUGGCAAAUUCUGGUGUAAUUACAAGAAGAUUAAACCUUACUACAGGUGCAACAGGUAAUUUUCAAUCUAGCUUUAACAAUUCUCAGCUGAAUCUUUCACAAAAAACAGCCAAAGAUAAAAAAGUUUAUGGUGAGAAGGCUCGAAAACUAUUUCUCAGAUCAUUUCAAUAUAUCCUUCGACAUCAAGUAACCUGGCUUAUAAAAGAACAAUCUUUCCCUGAAGACUUUGAAGACAUAGUCAAGACGAUAUGGAUGGAACAUUUGAAGAUAAUGAAUAAUGAUAUAAAGGAUGGUCGUGAUUUUUUUAGUAAUGCAGAUAAUGAAACAAGUCGUUAUAACACUCAGGAGGACUCGAGCGAUUCUAGUGAUAUUGAAGCAACGGAACCAGCAUCAGGUUUUCAUGGAGUCACAAAAUUAAAGUUGAGUAUUCAUACAAUGAUUGCUAUCCUUUACCUCUCUGCCGUACAUUUGAACCUUCCCGUAUACAUUAACGAUUUCACGAGUUAUAUAUGUGCGACAACAUUUCCUUACCAUAAAGCAAACCACAUUUUACCAAAGAAUUGGAGAGAUAAACUUCCUAAUUAUUAUCUUGGAUUGUUGAGUGGGAAAAAAAUACCAAAGGAUGGUCAAUUAAUUAAUAAAAUCAUCUUUACUUGUACAAAGAUUCACUUUACUAGAAAAUUUAAUUGUGAAGUUAACAUUAAAACUUUACUUCUAAAAUUAACUUUACAAACAAGGUUACCACCCGAGUUUUUCUUAUUCACUACAAAUGUUAUUCGAUUAAUUGAAGGUGAAGAAACUUUUUCAGUAUUUGAAUCUGAUAAUAUUACAUUCAGUAGUUAUCAUCGGUUUCCAGAGGUUCGAACCAUCUCAUACUUCAUUUUAUGUAUCCGCUGGAUAUUAAGAUGUGAUGAAUCUUCGGGUGGUAGGUUCAAGUAUCCCACAAGUUGGAUAAUGUCUAUCAUUGGUGGGAUGAAAACAAACAAUGAAUAUGAGAAGAAUAUAGAAGAUCGUGUAACAAGUCUAUUCUAUCCUAGUUUAGAAAAUGAAGGUACUAAUAAAGAGGAUGACCCAUAUGACUGGACGGACAAUGGUACUUCAGAUUUUUUGGAUUGGGUAGAGAAAGUAUAUUUGGGAACUAACCAACGAUAUGGUGAUUCAAAUGAAGAAAACAAAGCUCUGACAAUUGAUCAAAAGAUUGCUAAAAGAAAGUUGGAAAAAAUUGUACCAUUAGAAACAGACUCAUUUCCUCGAGUAACCAAGGAGUCAAAUCCGAUAUCAGCUGUUGAAAAGUUACAGGAAAAUUUCAUUCAACUUGCUAGAUUAAGAGAAAUCGAUACAGGAAACGAAAAUACGUCACAAAAUCAUAAACAAAGAUUAAACGCUGUAUCUCAAUUGGAAGAAAAAUUGAUACAUGAUAUAGCACCACAAUUUGGGUUUUCUGACGUUAAACUCAAAUCUGCCAUUCAAAUAAUUGAAAGGCACUGUAUUACUACACUAAAGCAUUAA